AUGGCCGAUAGUAUCAGGUUACAAACUUUUCCCAGCAAGCCAAGGGUGUUCGUCCUCACGGACAUCUCGAACGAACCUGAUGAUGCCGAAUCUCUCGUCCGUUACCUCCUUUACUCGAAUCAGUUUCAGACCGAAGGCCUCGUUGCCGUUUCAUCAACUUGGAUGAAAAACAAGGUUUGCCCUCAAGAUAUCCACAAGAUCCUCGACGCCUAUGCCGGAGCCGUCGAUAACCUCAACAAACACACACACCCCGACUAUCCAUACCCGUCAGCCAAUCGCCUUCGGACUCUGGUCAAGUCGGGCCCGCCUAUGUAUGGAUUUGCGGGCGUGGGUACCGAUAAGCCUUUAACCGAUGGCGCGCAGCUCCUCCUUGAGCGAAUUAAGGCACCUAUUGAAGACCCUCUUUGGGUUCUCGUCUGGGGUGGCACCAACGUCCUUGCUCAAGUCCUUUUGAGUAUUCGCGACCAAUGUUCUGCCGAAGAAGCGACCAAGCUGCGCGCGAAACUGAGAGUAUACACCAUCUCCGACCAAGACGAUACCUCCGCCUGGAUUCGUACCCAGUUCCCAGACGUAUUCUACAUCUCCUCCAUUCACGGCUGGAACCAGUACGGCCUCGCUGCUUGGACAGGAAUCUCGGGUGAUAAAUACUACGGCUUCGACCAGGGCGGUCCGGACUUUUCCAAGGUCUCCAAGCAAUGGAUCAAGGAGAACAUUCAAAUCGGACCUUUGGGCUCGGCUUAUCCUGAUUAUCUUUUCAUCCCCGAGGGUGACACCCCGACAUUCCUUUACCUUAUCCAAAACGGCCUUGGUGAUCGCGAACAUCCCGAGUACGGCUCAUGGGGAGGUCGCUACGCCCUAACAGAUGCUAGCGAUGCUGGCCAGCAAGGGAAGCAUUACAGUGACAUGUCUGACUCUGUCAUCGGCAUUGACGGCAAGACGUACCGCUCUAACCAGGCCACUAUUUGGCGAUGGCGCAACACUUUCCAGAAUGACUUUGCUGCCCGCAUACAGUGGUCGCUCAACCCCAGUCUGGCGUCCACGAAUCACCAUCCAAUUGUGAUUGUCAAUGGUUCUCGGAGCCAGAAGCCGCUGCAAUUUGAGGCAGAAGCUGGCUCAACCAUCGAAUUAGACGCAUCACAAACAUAUGAUCCCGAUGGAGAUGACUUGACCUUCACAUGGUGGCAGUAUCGUGAGCCUAGCGCCACACAAUGGCUGGUGCAAUUUGAAGUCUCAGAACUCGGAAUCGAGAAGCUGGAUACUCAAGGGAAGAGGAUCAAGGUUAUGGUGCCAGAGCCGGAAAAGUCGUGUAUGGAUCUUAUCAGUCGGACGCCUUUGGCCAAGGGCCAGUUGCUGCAUCUGAUCUUGGAGGUGACUGAUAGCGGAACGCCUACUUUGACGAGUUACCGCCGGGUGUUGAUUCAGUCUACGAAUAAGGAUCUGAGGGGAGGGAAACCACUAAAGGAAGGCGAAGAGUUGAACGCAAUUGGUGACGCCAUGAAAAAUUACACUGAUUAA